AGUAAGCUGUACCACAGCCAUGGAGAACGUUACAAUAUUCGACUCACCUGGAAAGGGGAGGGGUCUGAAGGCCAGUAAGGAAUUUUGGGCUGGUGAUGUCAUCUUUUCAGAGUCCAGCUUCGCAGCUGUUGUAUUUGACAGUCUUGCAGAGCGCAUCUGCCACAGCUGUUUCCGCAGACAAGACAAGCUGCAGCGAUGUGGCCAGUGCAAAUUUUCUCACUACUGUGACCGCACUUGCCAACGGGCCGGCUGGGCUGAACACAAGCAAGAAUGUGCUGCCAUCAAAAACUAUGGCAAAGUACCCAAUGAGAGCAUUCGCUUGGUGGCUCGCAUUAUGUGGCGUCUGGACAAGGAGGGUGGCGUAGUGUCUGACACGCAGCUGACAACGCUGGACCAGCUAGAGGACCACAUUGAAGACAUGCAAGAGGAAGAGUUGAAGGAGUUCAAAGUGGACAUCCACAACUUCUUGGACUACUGGCCUCGCAACAGCAAACAGCAUACCAGCGAGGUCAUCUCGCACAUAUUUGGACUGAUUAACUGUAAUGGCUUCACUGUGAGCGACCAGCGGGGUCUGCAGGCAGUUGGGGUGGGUCUGUUCCCUAAUCUGUGUCUGGUCAAUCACGAUUGCUGGCCCAACUGCACUGUCAUCCUCAACCAUGGAAAUCAGUCAGCUGUGAAUACUUUGUAUCAUUCUCAACGGAGGAUCGAGCUGCGUUCUUUGGGUAAGAUCACAGAGGGCGAGGAGCUGACUGUCUCCUACGUGGACUUCCUCAAUGUGUCAGAGGAGAGACGGAGGUUGCUGAAAACCCAGUACUUUUUUGAUUGUACAUGCCAACACUGCAAGGAGCACAUCAAGGAUGACCUGAAGAUGGGAGGCAGGGAACAGGAUGGCGUCAAGCCGACAAAGGAGCAAGUGAAAGAAUCAACAGAUUACUGUUUUCAGGAGCUGGACAAAAUGGAACAGGCCAGAUUAAAGGGCGACUACCAUGAGGUGGUGAAGAUUUGCAGGGAAUGCAUAGAGAAAACAGAGCCCGUGUUGGCUGACACUCACAUUUACCUCCUGAGGAUGUGGAGCACUAUGAGCGAGGUUCAGGCUUACCUGCAGUACUUUGAAGAUGCUGCCGAAUAUGCCCGCAAAAUGGUGGAGGGCUACAUGAAGCUGUACAACCCCAACAACCCCACUUUGGGGAUGGCGGCCAUGCGAGCCGGAGUCACGCACUGGCAAGCCGGCCUGAUCGAGGUCGGCCAUGGGAUGAUCUGCAAGGCCUAUGCCAUUCUCAUGAUCACGCACGGCCCCACCCAUCCCAUAACCAAGGACUUGGAGUCAAUGCGCGUGCAGACAGAGAUGGAGUUGAGGAUGUUCAAGCAGAAUGAGUACGUCUACCACAGUAUGAGAGAGGCAGCCCUCAAGAACAGACCCAUGACCAUGAUGCAUGAACCCAAGUCCGUAGAGGAAGGAAUCAAAAAUCUCUUCCACAAAAGGAAAUAAAAGGGAAAAAAAAAAAAUCAAAAUGUCAUUUUUAUUACCACAUGCUCACCUCGUUUCACAUUAAAAAUGCCUUGACAAGCACAUUCCCCAAAUGAAGCGCGUCAUUUCCAGAUUUCACUCUUCAAUUGUAUGACAGCAAGUGAUUGAUUUCAUGCAAUCAACAUUUUAACCCGAGAGAAAAUUGGCCUGAACUACUCAUUCAUAGUGUUAAAAGGAGGUUGGGGAUGAUCAGAGCCGUUUUCGUGCUCUACCCUGGAUUGGCUUUUGUCGCCCCUUGGCGGCCAAACGCUACCACGCCUGAAGGAUAUUGAAUUUGCAUAUCUUAAUGUGCGACAAAAACCGCUUCAUUCUAUUUAAUUCCGGCUAAUUAUGUUGUUGCCUUAUCCGUAUGUUUAUUAUUAUUAUUUUUUUUUAAUUAAACAAA